AUGGCCAGCCCUUCCAGCAGCCCCGAGGACACGGGCAAGCUCAGAGGCAGGGAUGGCCGGCAGAGGCGGGAGGCGGAGGACGCCCCUCCGGAGGAGAAGAGGUUGAGGCUGGGGCUGGAAGGAGGAAGCGCCGCGAGGGAGGAAGGAGAAGACGCGCCGCGUCUGGGCAGGGAAGAGACCGGUACCCAGACAGGUGUCGAGGACGGAGGCGAUCUACCGUCCCUGCCAUAUAGCCUGGUCGAGGGUCAGGACUACGCAUCUGAACAUUCAGCCUGCCUCUCCAGUGCCAACAACAGUCCUCACGACUCAGUUUCGGCAAGCCUGGCUGCCAGCAAAACUGAGGCCGAUGAGGACUGUCCUGCCUAA